GUACGUGUCGCGGGCUGCAGCUGGGCGGGGUAUCGCGUGUUCCUGCGGCCGCCUGAGCUGCGGCUCGUCCCCCGGGGUCGGGAGCAUGUCCUCGAGCCGGGCCAAGAAAGUGAAGAUGGCCACGAAGUCCUGCCCGGACUGUGACCAGCAGGUUCCUGUUGCAUGCAAAUCGUGCCCUUGUGGCUACAUAUUUAUUAGUCGAAAGCUCUUGCACGCUAAACGUGCCGAAAAAUCGCCUCCCACUGCAGAGAACAGGAGUGAGGCCAAGAGGAGGCGAACAGAAAGAGUUAAGCGAGAGAAAAUAAACUCUGCAGUAAACAAAGACUUAGAAAACAGAAAAAGGUCCAGAUCUAACAGCCAGUCGGAUCAUAGCAGACGGGGAAGAGGAAGACCCAAAACUGCCUCAGCCAAGAAACAUGAGGAAGAGAGAGAAAAACAGGAAAAAGAAGUUGACAUGUAUGCUAACCUUUCUGAUGAAAAGGCUUUCGUGUUUUCAGUGGCAUUGGCGGAAAUAAACAGAAAAAUUAUCAAUCAAAGACUCAUUCUGUAAUUCGUCAGCACAAUCGGAUGCAUUUGUAUGCAAGAUGGCUAGCAUAUUUCCAAGGUGUCGUGGACUCUCAGGAAGCAUGUUGUCUGUGUCGACAAGGACCAAAGUUUUCCCUGUUAAAGUUGUGCUGCUGUUUUGAAGCUCAGAUUUUUGGGUAUCUAUGACACAAAGAAGAAAUGUCAAGCUUUUGUUCUGAAAAUCAGACAGCAAAAAUGCUUUCUACCUUGAAGACUAAAGGUAGACAAGUGCACAGAGAGAAUGCACCCUUUCCAGAGCACUUCAAUAUUUGUUGCCAGACAUGCAAUAUUUUAAAUUUCAGAAAAAUGAUUUUUCUUUUAAAACAAAAUAUAUUUCAGAUUUUUCAAUUAUAUUACAGUUUACACAUGUACAGUUCUAACGUUUUAAUAAAUUGGUAUUCUAUUAUUGAA